AUGGCCAGUGGUGUGGCAGUAAAAGUGAAGGCAAUGGCAGUGAUCAAUGUGCUGAUGGCCUUAGGCAGUGGAAAUGGGCUCAGGCUGGAGGGUGUAGUGACGGAGAAUUAUCAGCACAUCUUAGCUUUGGCCUUUGCUGUCAAGGAAAUCAAUGAAAACCCCAGGAUAUUGCCCAAUAUUACACUGGGAUUCAAUAUUUAUGACAGCUAUUUAAGUUCCACGUGGACCUAUCAUGCUGCACUACAGUUUCUCUCAUCCAACAACAACCUUGUGCCCAACUACAAGUGUGGCAUCCAGGAGGCUCUCAUGGCAGUUACUGAGGAUCUGACCAGUGAACGUUCCCAUUGGAAACCCAACGUUUUGGGCAUCUACAAGAUUCCACAGCUCAUGUAUGGCUCUGGAAUGGUGGCAGCAGAAAAGAACCAUCUGCUUUACUACUACCAGAUGGUUCCAAAUGUACUUUAUCAGUACAGAGGGAUUAUGAAACUACUCCAGCAUUUCAAGUGGAAUUGGAUUGCAUUUUUUGUUGCCAAUGGGAUGCAGUUAGAGAGCAUCAUGCACGUCAUCAUUCCAGAAUAUUCAAAAAACGGUAUCUGUACUGCAAAGGUAGAUACAUUCAUUUUAUGCCAUGAUGUAAACUACAUAAAAUGUGCAGCAAAAUUUUACUAUCAAGUCAUGAACAACAAAGCCAACAUUCUGGUUUUCAGUGGAGACAUGCGUUCUAUGUUAUUUUUGAGAUGGUUGCUAUCUUCUGGAGUUCAACAAAUGAUCAAGAAAUCAUCACAAAACCCAAAAGGUCAUGUUUGGCUUCUGACUGCUGGGAUGGAGCUAAAAAACAUUAUUGGAAAACAUUACUGGUAUAUACAAGAAUUCCAUGGUGCUUUAUCCUUUACCGUUCAUUCCAAUGAAGUCCCGGGAUUCCGGCAAUUUCUCCAGAACAGAAACCCUUUGAAUUCAGAAGGGGAUGGUUUCAUCAGAGAUUUCUGGGCUCAGGCAUUUGACUGUCCACUCCAGGGUUCUCGGUUCCAUGAUAAUAGUGGGGAUGCCUGCACGGGAAUGGAAAAGCUGGAGAACCUUCCUGAGCAUGUCUUUCCAAUGAGGAUCACGGGCCAAAGCUACGGCAUCUACAAUGCUGUUCAUGCUGUGGCUCAUGCCUUACAUGUCAUAUAUUCAUCAGUCUCCAGGCACAAGGCAGUGGACGAGAGAGAGAGAAGGAAGCUUCUCAGUCAGCAGCUCUGGCAGCUUUCUUAUUACCUGAAAUCACUAUCAUUUAACAACAGUGCUGGAGAUAGAGUUUCCUUUGACCAGGAUGGCUAUCUGCUUGCAGGGUUUGACAUAAUAAAUUGGGUCACAUUCCCCAACCAAUCUUUCUUUGGAGUGAAAGUUGGAAGGAUAGACCCAUGGGCACCUCCACAUAAACAACUCAUCAUUCAGGAAGAGGAGAUCAUAUGGCAUAGGGCAUAUAACCAGACACAACCUAUUUCUUUGUGCAAUGCCAAAUGUCAGCCUGGUCAUCGGAAGGAAAUAAAGGAGGGAGAACCAUUUUGUUGUUACAAUUGUGUUCCUUGUCCAAAUGGGUGGAUUUCUAACAAAACAGAUAUGGAUGAUUGUUUCAAAUGCCCACCAGAUCAGUAUGCAAACAAGGAACGGAACAUAUGCAUCCCCAAGAUCAUAAACUACCUGUCUUAUGAAGAACCAUUAGGUAUCAGCAUAGCCAGCUUGGCAUUCUUGUUGUCUGCCAGCACAGCUCUGAUCUUAACGACAUUUUGGAAGCAUCACAACACCCACAUUGUGAAAGCAAACAAUCGGGACCUUUCCUAUAUUCUUCUCUUCUCACUUCUGCUCUCUUUCCUUUGCUCAUUGCUCUUCCUUGGCCAACCAGUAACAAUAACAUGUCUCCUCCGCCAAACCACUUUUGGGGUCAUCUUCACCAUGGCAGUUUCUUGCGUGUUGGCAAAAACCCUUAUUGUUGUUCUAGCUUUCGUAGCCACCCAGCCAGGAUCCGAGAUGAAGAAGUGGACAGGGAGAAGACUGGCCAGCUCCAUUGUUUUUUCUUGUACCCUUCUUCAAGUAGGCAUCUGUCUUCUGUGGCUCGCAACGUCUCCCCCCUUCCCAGAUACUGACGUGGACUCCAUGAGUGAAGAAGUUGUCCUCCAAUGUAAUGAGUCAUCACCCAUCAUGUUUUAUUGUGUUUUGGGCUACAUGGGCUUACUGGCCAUGGCCAGCUUCACCGUAGCCUUCUUUGCUCGGAAGUUGCCAGACACCUUUAAUGAAGCCAAAUUCAUCACUUUUAGCAUGUUGGUGUUUUGCAGUGUGUGGCUGACUUUUCUUCCAACAUACAUGAGCACCAAAGGAAAAGACACGGUCACCGUGGAGAUCUUCUCUAUCUUAUCCUCCAGUGCCGGAUUGUUGGGUUGCAUCUUUGUUCCCAAAUGCUACAUUAUCCUGUUGAGGCCUGAACUGAACAAAAGAGAGCAGUUAAUCAGCAGGAAAAGUUGA